AUGAAAUCUUGUACGCUCAGUGGACCUCAUGCCGUUCCGGGUGGACGUAGAUGGCUUCCAAGUCCUAGAUUUCCCAAUUGGGGACUCUGGACCAAUGGCGAGGCACGAUGCGCGAUGUUGGGUGAGGGACAGCUGCUAAUGCCUGCCGCGACGAGGCCCGGAGCCGUGAUAGGUUGCCCUGUGAAGGGGUUUGCUUCGCCCGUCCUUCAUGUCGUAGCAACGCUUAUGAGGGCUCUUUGUUCUGCCGCUGGCCAGCUCCAGCGAGCUCCCGUGGCGAGCUUCGUCCGGCUUGCUCGCCACCGAGGGCGCCGAAUUGCUUGGGAAGCGCAGUCGCGAUGCCUUGCGACGGUUGUCAAUAGCGCUGAUUCCAAAGACUCCAAGACGCUGGCCUUGCCUUCCACCGCGCGAUACAACGAGAUAUUCCCCCAGGGCUCCAACCCGCCUCCUGAAGAACUGGUCAAUCUCGCAAGGGACCACUUGACACGGCAUGAUCUCUAUGGAAAGAACACAGACAAUUCCGACCCUAUAGCCUUCGAGCUGCCCGAGCUCAAGGGCGCCACUCUCGACGAACACUUCCACAAGCUUGGAACCGAUUGCGCCGAACCGUAUCUGCGGUUUGCCAAGGAAUUUGCUUGCGCAAGUAUUCCUCUCAAGCCGAAACGGUGGAAGCGACAGAGCGGAUGGACCAAGUACUACCCUGAUGGGCGGCCACCCGAGAAGGUCGCAGCACCGGAUGAAGAAAUGCUGUGCUUCGACGUCGAGACCAUGUGGAAAGAGCAUCCGUUCGCAGUUAUGGCCUGCGCAGUUAGUCCCACGGCCUGGUACUCAUGGUUGUCCCCAUGGCUGUUGGGCGACCCAGCCAAGGACCGAAUUGUUGUGGGACACCACAUUGGCUAUGAUAGGGCAAGAAUCUUGGAAGAGUACGACCUCAAGCAGACCAGGACCGGGUUUCUCGAUACCAUGUCGAUGCACGUUGCCGUCAACGGCAUGUGCUCACGGCAGCGCCCGACCUGGAUGAGAUUCAAGAAGAAUCGCGAGGAGAGAGAGAGGGUCGCCAGCCAGGAUCCGGACCAAGGCAUUGUCGAGCUCCUAAGCAACCGGAGCAUGCACGAAGAGGAGGAGCUGUGGGUUGAAAAGAGCUCGAUCAACUCACUGCGCGACGUCGCCAAGUUCCAUCUCAAUGCCACCAUUGACAAGUCUGCGCGGGAUGACUUCGGGGAGCUGAGCCGCGAGGAGAUUCUAGAAAAGUUGGAAGAGCUCAUCGAAUACUGCGCCGCAGAUGUGUCCACCACCCACAAAGUGUACCAGAUCGUCCUCCCUAGCUUUCUAAAUGUUUGCCCGCAUCCAGUCAGCUUCGCCGCCCUUCGACAUCUGUCAUCUGUUAUUCUACCCGUCAACGAGUCUUGGAAUGCAUACAUCGCCAACGCGGAAGCCACAUACCAUAAGCUCUCUGCAUCGGUCGAGGAGAGACUGAAGGGAUUGGCAGAAAAGGCCGCGGAGUUGAACGAUGACCCGGAGGAGAGUUGGAAAAAUGAUCCCUGGCUGAGGCAGCUGGACUGGACAACCAAGCCAAUCAGAAUUGUCAAAGCCAAGCGCAAAGGUGAGGUUGACAGGCCAGCUGCAAACCAGAAGAUGCCGGGUAAACCGCAGUGGUAUAAAGAUCUCUUUACCAAAAACGUCAUUAACCUGACGGUGCGAAACCGCAUUGCGCCUUUGCUGCUAAAGCUUGCCUGGGACGGGCAUCCGUUGAUCUGGUCCAACAAGCACGGUUGGGUAUUUCAAGUCAAACCAGCCGAUGUGGACGCUUACAGGGCGAAGCAAAUGACGGAGGUCGUUUUCGAUGACUCUGAGCCUACCCUGCGUGACGAUUGGGGGCACUCAUACUUCAAGCUUCCUCAUAAGGACGGCCCUUCUGCUCGCUGCGCGAAUCCUUUGGCAAAGGGAUACCUGAAUUAUUUCGAAAACGGCACUCUAUCGUCAGAGUAUGAGUAUGCGAAAGAAGCGCUGGAAAUGAAUGCCUCGUGCUCAUACUGGAUCAGUGCACGCGGUCGAAUUACGUCGCAGAUGGUCGUCACGGAACACGACGUCUCUGCCGCCACUGGAGGAGUCACGGAGACGAGGGAAGCCGGAGAAAAGUUCCAAGGCUUCAUCCUACCUCAAGUUAUUCCCAUGGGCACAAUCACCCGGAGAGCCGUUGAGAAUACCUGGCUGACGGCCAGCAACGCCAAGAAGAACCGCGUGGGGUCUGAACUAAAGUCCAUGGUCAAGGCACCGGAUGGCUACUGCUUCGUAGGUGCUGAUGUGGACUCGGAAGAGCUAUGGAUUGCCAGCCUUGUGGGCGAUGCGACCUUCAAAAUCCAUGGCGGAAAUGCCAUCGGCUUCAUGACGCUCGAGGGGACAAAAGCUGCAGGCACGGACCUGCAUUCGCGAACGGCGGCUAUCUUGGGCAUCAGCAGAAACCAGGCAAAGGUGUUCAACUACGGGCGGAUUUACGGAGCUGGAUUGAAGUUUGCGGCCACACUCCUACGGCAAUUCAACCCUAAGCUCUCUGACAGCGAGACGAUGGAGAUUGCCAAGAAGCUAUAUGCCAACACCAAAGGCACCAGGACCACUCGCAAGACCAUCAACAAGCAACCGUUCUGGAGAGGAGGAACAGAGUCAUUCGUGUUCAACAAGCUGGAGCAAUUCGCUGAACAGGACUGGGCUCGAACGCCCGUGUUGGCAGCAGGCAUCACACAGGCCCUCAUGAGCCGCUUCGUGAGCAAGGGUAGCUACCUGCCUUCCCGUAUCAACUGGGCUAUUCAGUCCUCGGGCGUCGACUAUCUCCAUCUGCUGAUCGUGUCGAUGGACUACUUGAUUCGCCGCUUCAAUCUCAGCGCUCGACUGGCCAUUACCGUCCACGAUGAGAUUCGGUACCUGGUUAAGGACGAGGAUAAAUACAAGACUGCGAUGGCACUCCAGGUAGCAAAUCUGUGGACUCGCGCCAUGUUCGCACAGCAAGUCGGCAUCGACGACCUCCCCCAGUCUUGUGCCUUCUUCUCUGCCGUCGACAUUGAUCGCGUCCUUCGCAAGGAGGUGGACAUGGACUGCAUCACCCCCAGCCACCCGACUCCUAUUCCUCAUGGCGAGAGCUUGGAUAUCCAGACCCUCCUUUCCAAGGGCUCUGAGGCGCGUCUCGACCCGUCUACAGUCCCGGAUCCCAAGCUUGCCCCCAAGCUGGACGAUAUACCCUACGAGCCACGCACUCCUGUGAUGCAGACGCUGCAGGGGCACUCUGAGAACAAUAUUGCGUUUAUCAAGGCCCAGAUCGCCAAUGACGACCAGGAGCUGCUGGAUAUUGCCAAAGAUUUGCGCAAGCUUGAUGCGCCGCCGAAGACACGGCGAGUGUCAUUCACCAGUGCCCCUCGUUAUUCGCAUCCCUGGAUGGUGCCGUUGGAUGACCCAAUACCGCUUGCGGAGGCGAUAGGUCUCGGUUAUGACGACAAGAGCCAGAAGAAGAUUUCAUGGCCGAAGCACUCUGUUGAUGUCAUUUCGAAGCCCAACGUCUCCACUGGCUCUUUAUAA